AUGAACACUCAGCAGAUGGAGCAGAUGGGCCAGUUCAAGAUCACUGUCUGGGAGGAAGAGAACUUCCAGGGCAAGCGUUGUGAGUUCCUGCUGGAGUGUCAGAACAUCAUGGAUAGGGGAUUCCACAAGAUCCGCUCCAUCAAGGUCGAGAACGGACCCUGGUUGGGUUAUGAGUAUCCCGAGUUCCAGGGCCAGCAGUUUAUCCUUGAGAAGGGAGACUAUCCCCGUUACGAGGCUUGGAGCGGAAACAGCAGUUACAGAACCGAGCACAUGCUUUCCUUUAGACCUAUCAAGUGCGCUAACCACAGUGACAGUAAAGUGACUCUGUACGAGUGUGAAGACUUCCAGGGACGCAAGUUCGAGAUGUGUGAUGACUACCCCUCUCUACAGGCUAUGGGCUGGUGUAGCAAGGAGGUUCCCUCAAUUAAAGUCAACUCCGGAGCGUGGGUGGCCUAUCAGUUCCCCGGUUACCGUGGUUACCAGUACAUCCUGGAGAGAGACAGACACCAGGGAGAGUACAGACACUACAACGAGUACAGCACUCAGGCUCACACCAACCAGGUCCAGUCUAUCCGCAGAAUCCAGCACUAA